CCCCUGAAGGACUCACACCUACAAUCCCCUGGAGGACUCACACCUACAAUCCCCUGGAGGACUCACACCUACAAUCCCCUGGAGGACUCACACCUACAAUCCCCUGGAGGACUCACACCUACAAUCCCCUGGAGGACUCACACCUACAAUCCCCUGGAGGACUCACACCUACAAUCCCCUGGAGGACUCACACCUACAAUCCCCUGGAGGACUCACACCUACAAUCCCCUGGAGGACACACACCCACAAUCCCCUGGAGGACUCACACCCACAAUCCCCUGGAGGACUCACACCCACAAUCCCCUGGAGGACUCACACCCACAAUCCCCUGGAGGACUCACACCCACAAUCCCCUGGAGGACUCACGCCCACAAUCCCCUGGAGGACUCACACCCACAAUCCCCUGGAGGACUCACACCCACAAUCCCCUGGAGGGCUAACACCCACAAUCCCCUGGAGGGCUAACACCCACAAUCCCCUGGAGGACUCACAGCCACAGUCCCUCUGAUGGACUUUCUUACAGUUUUGUAACUGUUGCAUGUUUAGCAGCCGGAGCUUUGGGCACGGAUAGUUUCUCGAAGGAGGCAGCAGCCAUGUCGAGUCCGGGGGAGAGUCUAUCAUCAGAGGGCAGCAGCUCAUUGUUACCGCCCUGCCUAGGUCUGCCCGAGAGAAACAUGGGACACAGGGCCGGGGCUGCCUGGGAGAUGGAGGACACCAAGCCCUGCAUGGAGGCUCUGGAGCAUUGUGGGUUUCCAGGCCUCUACCUGUCCUGCUUCGACAUGCUCUUUACGGAGGACUCCGCCUGGCUGGUGAAGGUGUCCGAGGCCUCCCCGGGUCUGGCCUGCGCCAUGCCUGUCCCUGUACCCAGGACGGCGCAAGGAGAGGAGCCAGAGCAGUGCCCCGUCAUCGACAGCCAGGCCCUGGGGCUCUCCCCGGGGCUAGAGGGCCCGGAGGAGGAGCGAUCCCUGGAGCAGGUCCAGAGCAUGGUGGUCGGAGAGGUUCUGAAGGACAUCGAGACGGCCUGCAAGCUGCUCAACAUCACCCCAGACCCCAUGGAGUGGAGCUCGGGGAACGUUCAGAAGUGGUUGCUGUGGACAGAGCAUCUGUACAGACUGCCUCAGGCUGGAAAGACCUUCCAGGAGCAGACUGGGAAAGACCUGUGUGCCAUGAGUGAAGAGGACUUCAGGCAGAGGGUCCCUCAGUGUGGAGACACUCUGCACGCCCACCUGGACAUCUGGAAGUCAGCUGCCUGGAUGAAAGAGAGGUGUUCAGUUGGAGACAGCAAAAUCACAGGCGGAGAAGAGCUGUGGUUGGAGGCAGACUCGUCGUGCUCAGGCCAGCCCAUCCACCUGUGGCAGUUCCUCAGAGAGCUGCUCCUCAAGCCCCACAACUACGGACGCUGCAUCCGCUGGCUCAACAAGGAGAAAGGUAUUUUCAAAAUCGAGGACUCUGCUCAUGUGGCAAGACUCUGGGGACGGAGGAAGAACCGACCAGCGAUGAACUAUGACAAGCUGAGCCGCUCCAUACGGCAGUAUUACAAGAAGGGCAUCAUCCGCAAGCCUGAUGUCUCCCAGAGACUGGUCUACCAGUUUGUCCACCCAGUAUAAGGGGAAGGAGGAGGACAAAGGCCUACAAAGAAAGGGCCACACGAUCACACCUUGGUCUUGAACAUUACACAACUAAGCUGAAAAGGGGUAAAACACAUGCACUGGCCAAUCCCUGUCAGUACACAUACCCUUUGCCAGUACGGAAGUGUCAGCUGCCAAAGCUGGCAAAUGAAGAUUUUAUUUUUUUAACGCAGAGAAUGUUAAGUGAUCUUUCUGGACUGCCCCCCCCCCCGACAUUUGAACUGCCUUUUUAAUCUGCAUGAUCUGCCUGUCCUUGUUUUCCUAUUGUGUAAUUUAACCAAUGAUCCGUAUCUUAAAACUACACUGUAGAAUGAAUAACAGUUUGUUGUUUGUUAAUUGAUCAGAUCUGGUCCCCGUCCUUCGUCUGGGAAUGUAUUUAGAAGUUUUGCUUCAGUAGCAUUCAGUUCUGGCUGUUAUCCAGAGGAACAAACAGCUCCCUCUUUUUUUACUCAUCACAUGGCACACUUCGGAAUUCUCCCGAAAGGCAUUUACAAUAGAAAAUUAGAGCAGUUCACUGAACCUGAAUGGGAGUGCAUCAACAACUCCUUGGCAGCAAACUCAUACAGCCACCACAGUCAUCCGACCCUCUCCUAUAUGCAUGCUCCAUUAACUUACAGUGGCAAGACAAAGUAUGUGAACCCUUUGGAAUUACCUGGAUUUCUGAAUAAAUUGGUCAUAAAAGUAGACAAACACAGUCUGCUUAAACUAAUAACACACAAACAAUUAUACGUUUUCAUGUCUUUAUUGAACACAACAUGUACACAUUCACAGCGUAGGGUGUAAUAAGGAUGUGAACCCUUGCAUUUAAUAACUGGUUGACCCUCCUUUGGCAGCAAUAAACUCAACCAAACAUUUUCUGUAGUUGCAGAUCAGACCUGAGCAACGGUCAGGAGAUAUUGUGGACCACUCCUCUUUACAAAACUGUUUCAGUUCAACAAUAUUCUUAAGAUGUCUGUUGUGAACCGUUUUCGAGGUCAUGCCACAGCAUUUUAAAUCGGGAUGAGGUCAGGACUCUGACUGGGCCACUCCAGAAGACGUAUUUUCUUCUGUUGAAGCCAUUCUGUUGUUGAUUUACUUCUGUGUUUUGGGUCGUUGUCCUGUUGCAUCACCCAACUUCUGUUGAGCUUCAAUUGUCGGACAGAUAGCCUUACAUUCCCCUGCAAAAUGUCUUGAUAAACUUGGGAAUUCAUUUUUCCAUCGAUGAUAGCAAGCUGUCCAGGCCCUGAGCCCCAAACCAUGAUGCUCCCUCCACCAUACUUUUCAGUUGGGAUGAGACUUUGAUGUUGGUGUGCUGUGCCUUUUUUUCUCCACACAUAGUGUUGUGUGUUCCUUCCUUCCAAACAACUCAACUUUAGUUUAAUCUGUCCACAGAAUAUUUUGCCAGUAGCGCUGUGGAACAUCCAGGUGCUCUUUUGCAAACUUCAGACGUGCAGCACUGUUUUUUUUGGACAGAAGUGACUUAUUCCAUGGUGUCUUCCCAUGAACACCAUUAUUGCUUCGUGUUUAACGUAUGGUAAACUCGUCAACAGAGAUGUUAGCAUGUUCCAGAGAUUUCUGUAAGUCUUUAGCUGACACUCUAGGAUUCUUCUUAACCUCAUUGAGCAUUCUGCACUGUGCUCUUGCAGUCAUCUUUGCAGGACGGCCACUGCUAGGGAGAGUAGCAACAGUGCUGAACUUUCUACAUUUAUAGACAAUUUGUCUUACUGUGGACGGAUGAACAUCAAGGCUUUUAGAGAUACUUGUGUAACCCUUUCCAGCUUAAUGCAAAUCAACAAUUCUUAAUCUUAGGUCUUCUGAGAUCUCUUUUGUUCGAGGAAUGGUUCACAUCAGGCAAUGCUUGUGAGUGUUUUUUUAUAGGGCAAGGCAGCUCUAACCAACAUCUCCAAUCUUGUCUCAUUGAUUGGACUCCAAUUAGCUUUUGGAAAAGUCAUUAGCCUAGGGGUUCACAUACUUAUUCCAACCUACACUGGGAAUGUUUUAAUGAUGUAUUCAAUAUAGACAAGAAAAAUACAAUAAUGUGUGUGUUAUUAGUUUAAGCACACUGUGUUUGUCUAUUGUUGUUGUGACUAAGAUGAAGAUCAGAUCAAAAAAUCCUACAAUGUGAUUUUCUGGAUUUUUUUCUCCUUUUGUCUGUCAUAGUUGAAGUGUACCUAUGAUGAAAAUUACAGGCCUCUCUCAUCUUUUUAAGUGGGAGAACUUGCACAAUUGGUGGCUGACUAAAUACUUUUUUGCCCCACUGUAUAUACAUACAUUCACAUAUAUAAACUCAGCAAAAAUAGAAAUGUCCUCUCACUGUCAACUGCGUUUAUUUAUGUGUAAAUAAUUGUAUGAACAAGAUUCAACAACUGAGACAUAAACUGAACAAGUUCCACAGACAUGUGACUAACAGAAAUGGAUUAAUGUGUCCCUGAACAAAGGGGGGUCAAAAUCAAAAGUAACAGUCAGUAUCUGGUGUGGCCACCAGCUGCAUUAAGUACUGCAGUGCAUCUCCUCAUGGACUGGACCCGAUUUGCCCGUUCUUGCUCUGAGAUGUUACCCCACUCUUCCACCAAGGCACCUGCAAGUUCCUGGACAUUUCUGGAGGGAAUGGCCGUAGUCCUCACCCUCUGAUCCAACCAGAUGUGUUCAAUAGGAUUGAGAUCCUGGCUCUUCGCUGGCCAUGGCAGAACACUGGCAUUCCUGUCUUGCAGGAAAUCACGCACAGAACGAGCAGUAUGGCUGGUGGCAUUGUCAUGCUGGAGGGUCAUGUCAGGAUGAGCCUGCAAGAAUGGUACCACAUUAGGGAGGAUGAUGUCUUCCCUGUAACACACAGCGUUGAGAUUGCCUGCAAUGACAACAAGCUCAGUCCAAUGAUGCUGUGACACACCGCCCCAGACCCUCCACCUCCAAAUCGAUCCCGCUCCAGAGUUCAGGCCUCGGUGUAACGCUCAUUCCUUUGACGAUAAACGUGAAUCUGACCAUCACCCCUGGUGAGACAAAACCGCGACUUGUCAGUGAAUAGCACUUUUUGCCAGUCCUGUCUGGUCCAGUCCUGUCUGGGUUUGUGCCUGUAGGCAACGUUGUUGCCGGUGAUGUCUAGUGAGGACCUGCCUUACAACAGGCCUACAAGCCAUCAGUCCAGCGUCUCUCAGCCUAUUGCGGACUUUCUGAGCACUGAUAGAGGGAUUGUGCGUUCCUGGUGUAACUCAGGCAGUUGUUGUUGCUAUCCUGUACCUGUCGCUCAGGUGUGAUAUUCAGAUGUACCUAUCCUGUGCAGGUGUUGUUACACAUGGUCUGCCACUGCGAGGAUGAUCAGCUGUCCAUCCUGUCUUAUGCAGCUCACAGUACGGACAUUUAAAUGUAUUGCCCUGGCCACAUCUGCAGUCCUCAUGCCUCCUUGCUGCAUGCCUAAGAUACGUUCACACAGAUGAAUAGGGACCCUGGGCAUCUUUCUUUUGGUGUUUUUCAGAGUCCGUAGAAAGGCCUCUUUAGUGUCCUAAGUUUUCAUAACGGUGGCCUUAAUUGCAUACCGUCUGUAACCUGUUAGUGUCUUAAAAACCGCUCCACAGGUGCAUUUUCAUUCAUUAUUGAUGGUCAUUGAACAAGCAUGGGAAGCAGUGUUUUAACCCUUUACAAUGAAAAUCUGUGAAGUUAUUUGGAUUUUUACAAAUUAUCUUUGAAAGACAGGGUCCUGAAAAAGGGACGUUUCUUUUUUUGCUGAGUUUAUAUACAUACACACAUACUUUUUUUAGAAUAUACCUUUAUUAUUCCCCGCUAACCAUACCACCCCUCCCCCAAUUGGAGUAAACUAAUAAACAAUAAUAUUUAGGCUUCUACCUUCAGUUUAUACAUAUUAUACACAUUUUACAGGCACAAUCUAUUUUACAAUAGUUAUAUUUUGUUUGUUUUUAGUCCUUCCUCUUCUGAUUUCUAUUUGUAACUGUACUAUUUCACAACAUUUCUGAACCUACAGUAUAUACAUUUUACAGGCCCAGUAUAUUUUACAUUGGUUAUCUUGUUGUUAUUAGUCCCACCCUUCAGCUCCAUUCAACACCUCCCAUCUAUUUCUUAACACCAUCCAUUUUGGAUUUCUCUUUGCCAUAUAUUUUUUAACUGUGCUGUGAUACUUCACAAAAGUACUGAACAUUUCUAUUGUCAUAGCUUGUCAAUUAAAGAUAAAAAAUGUUGCUCAAAUAAUUAUUAUAUUAUUGAUUGAUUGACUAUGACUUUUCAAAUCGCCCAGUGUUGCUAUCUGCUGCGUUUGUUCUAGGUAAACGUUGCAAUUCUUCAGCCAUUCCUGUACCUGUGACCCAAAACGAGCUACAUAUGGACAGUACCAAAAUAAGUUAUCUAAUGACUCUGCCUCCUCACAGCAAAAUCUGCAGAGAUGGGAAGAUUGUGUCCCCCCCCCCAUAUAUAUAUAUAUAUAUAACAUUUUAUUGGUUGCAAGAAUUUAAAAUAAAAAAAA